AUGCACGUGGUCUUUGCAGGUGGGCUGGCAGAGGAGGUGGACAACAAAGUUCUUCAUGCUGCUUUUAUUCCUUUUGGAGACACCACAGAUUUAGAGGACCCUUGUGAUUACACUGGGUCGUGGGCAGAUGAUGACUGGCUGAAGAAGUUUUCUGGGAAGACUCUCGAAGAGAAUAAAGAGGAAGGAGGGUCGGAGCCUCCCAGAGCGGAAACCCGGGAGGGAGAGCCCACGGCAAAAAAGGCCCGGUCGAAUCCUCAGGUGUACAUGGACAUCAAGAUCGGGAACAAGCCAGCCGGCCGCAUCCAGAUGUUGCUGCGUUCCAACGUGGGAACACCAUGA